GAGCUGUGGAGCGGCCAGUUGCUGCGGCUGCCUCUGUGCGGGCUUCAGCGGUUGUCUCUUAAGGCUCCGGGUUGCGGAAUGCCUGGUCUUUUUCUAUAGCGAAGAGCGUUUUAAAAGGAAACGACGCCUUGGUCCUAAGUUGUGAAGGAAUAGAAAAAUGAAGCAAUAACAUUUGUAAGAGGCAAUUGUCAUGGCAGCGAUACCUGAAUCUUACAGCCAUGUGUUGGCAGAGUUUGAAUGUCUUAGUCCCCUGCUUUCUGCUCUCAGGCUGGAUUCCAGUCGUCUGAAGUGUACAUGUAUAGGAAUUUCUCGAAAAUGGUUAGCACUAGGGAGUUCAGGUGGAGGCCUGAAUCUCAUCCAGAAAGAUGGUUGGAAACAGAGGCUUUUCCUCACUCAUAAGGAAGGUGCCAUUUCCUGUGUUGCCUUUUGUUUACAUGAUGAGGAUUAUGUUGCUGUGGCUACCAGUCAAGGCCUUGUUGUUGUAUGGGAAUUAAAUCAAGAGCGUCGUGGGAAGCCAGAGAGGAUUUAUAUCUCUUCUGAGCACAAAGGCAGAAAAGUAACAGCUCUUUGUUGGGAUACUAAUGCACUCCGUGUUUUUGUUGGUGAUCAUGUGGGGAAAGUGUCUGUGAUCAAGAUUAAUUCCUCCAAACAGGGAAAGGCUGCUACUGCAUUUGUGAUGUUUCCCAUUCAUAUUAUAACCACAGUUGAUUCUCGUGUGGUUCAGCUUGAUUAUCUGGAUGGCAGAUUGCUUAUCUCUUCUCUUACACGCUCUUACUUAUGUGACACAGAGAGGGAAAAAUUUUGGAAGAUUGGAAAUAAGGAAAGAGAUGGUGAAUAUGGAGCUUGUUUUUUUCCUGUUGGAAAGAGUGGGGCCAAUCAACAAUCAUUGAUAUAUUGUGCACGGCCUGGUUCACGGAUAUGGGAAGUGAAUUUUGAAGGGGAAGUGCUGAGUACACAUCAGUUCAAACAGUUGUUGUCAUCACCACCUCUUCCUGUUAUUACUAUCAGGGAGGAUCCAGAGUAUAAUGUUUCUGCAUGCUCUCCUCAGUCUUUGGCAUUCCCCAAGCUGCUUUAUUUAAGUGAGCACUGUAUAAUGACGUGGACAGAAAGAGGCAUUUAUAUUUUCAUUCCUCAGAAUGUCCAAGUUCUCCUCUGGAGUGAAGUGAAAGACAUCUAUGAUAUUGCAAUAUAUAAAAAUGAACUCUUCUGCUUACAUACCAAUGGAAAAGUCUCUCAUCUCUCCCUUCUGACAAUUGAAAAAUGUGUGGAACGAUUGCUUAAAAGAAGCUUUUGGACUCUUUCAGCCAAAACGUGCUGUCUUUUCCAGAAUUCUAUUGUUUUGUGUCGGGCAAGAAAGCUUCUUUCUGUAGAUAAGCUGGAACAUUUGAAGUCACAGUUGGAUCUGUCAACAGAAACUGAUCUCAUUACUCAACUUGAAGAACUGAUCUCAAAACUUGAGCCUUUAGAUUCUGCAUGCAGCAGCAGAAGAAGCAGUAUUUCUUCACACGAGAGUUUCAACAUAUUAGAUUCUGGAAUUUAUCGUGUUAUUAGUAGAAGAAACAGUCAGUCUGAUGAAGAUUCUUGUUCCUUACAUAGCCAAACAUUAUCAGAAGAUGAAAGGCUGAAAGAAUUUCACAUACAACAAGAGGAAGAACAGCUUGAACAUGACAGCAUAUCUCAUGCUUCUCUGGUGGUGGACAAUGUUCGGAAUGAGACAUUUCUUCCAUUCAGUAUUCCAUUGUCAUUCCGUUCCCCAUCUCCUCUCGUCUCCCUUCAAGCUGUUAAGGACAGUGUUUCUAGUUUUGUACGGAAGACCACAGAAAAGAUUGAGAAAAUUGGUACUCUCCAUCUGAAUCCUGAUAGAAUCAGACAAGAUGUGAAAGAUGAAGAGCCACUCUCAGAAGUGCCUGCCAGAUUAGAAGCUCAGCCUCUGGAGAAAGGAAUUGAGCUACAGAGCCAGUCUCCAGAAGAGGAUUACCUUAAAGACCUCAAAGCAGUAACUACAGAAACUCUGUCCAAACUCCAGGAUCCACUUGUUUUGUUACAACCACAAAGUUUGAAGGCAAUUUUGCUGGAUUGGAUUCCAUUUCUUGAAGAAACCUGUGGAUUAAAAGCAACUGUUAUUUUAAAUAAUGAGAUAACUGAGGGAAACAAAGAAAUGCCUUUUCAAGCUGAAGACAAAACUUUUCAAGAAAAUGUGCUAAAACACAAUGAGCCCAAAAAUAUAGAAGUGAAUACAGUAUUGGGAAUAAAUGGUGAAAGUGAAAAUCCAAAUACAAUACAGGAGGAAACUUGGGAAGAAAAUACUAAUUCAGUUAUAAAUUAUUAUGCUGAUAAUGUACUACAUGAACAGUCUUUGAGGACGGAGACCAUUUUCAACCAGCAUUACCAGAUUAAUCCCCCAUUUUUAAUAGCACAGAACAUUAAAAAAGAUCUGACAGAGCUGACAACUUUAUGUUUUGAAUUAAAUGUAUAUGAAAGUUCACAAGUAAAUAAUGAGCCAGGUGUGCUACCCGAUGGUUCAUGUGCCCUGGCUUCUAAAUUCAUUAGAGACUAUUUUUUCCUCCUUGAUUUAGAAAGGUUGAAGAGAUGUAUUAUUACCUGUCAUAACAAUCAUUCUGAAGUCUGGGAUGUCUAUAUGGAAGGUCUGAAAGAACUGACUUUGACUAGCCCUGUGACAGUGGCCCUUGAAAAUGGAGAUAUGUUUAAAACACUGAAGUUGCUAGUUGAUUUAGGGCCUUGGGAUGCUCCUGUCUUGCUGGCACAUGCUGAAAGGCUUUAUAAAAAAUUCAGAGAAACUUCUUUAAGGCCUUUGACCCGGUUCUACCCUUUGAUUGGACCUUCAGAUAUCAAGCAAAUUUGUAAAAAUAAUCCUGAACAUUUUCUAGCAUAUUUAGACAGCCUUAUAAAAUCAAAGGCUGAGGAUGAACGUUUGUCAUUCCUUAGAUCUCUUCUCCAUCCUGAUUCAUUACAAUUGGAGUGGCUGUGUUUGGCAAUGUCGCAUGAUGCCCCGCAUAAAACAAGCACAAUAGAUGCUCAUGGAAAUCCACGGCCACAUUCACAUUUGUUUACUUGGGGGUAUAAUCAACUGAUUGUACUUUUGCUUAAUCUUCCAACUGAUGUUGUCCGGAAGGAGAAAAUGACUGAUAUAUGUCAAAGCAAUGGCUUCUGGCCUGGAUAUCUUUCUCUCUGUUUGGAGUUGGACAGAAGAUCAGAAGUAUUUAUAAAAAUUGUUCAUUUGGAUGACAUGGAGUUGUUGAACACUAAAGACGGAACCGUUCCAAAGACAAUAGAAGAAUGGAAGUUCCUUCUUUGCCUCGUGAAGAGUCAUCAUAACAUCCAUGUUUCACAAAGGGAUAUAGCUGUUACUAAUGGUACUCCUGAGUGGUCAAAUUCUGUUACUGUUGAAAAUGUUGCACUCCUUGCAGCCAGAAUAAUUGGUCCAGAUCACUCUUUGCAGAUGUUACAGGAAUGUGAUUUGGUAGCUGAAUUAUCAGAAAGAUUUGCCAAGAUUUGUGAGAUACUAAGAAUUGCUGAAAAACGGCAAAGAGCGCUGAUCCAGUCCAUGCUAGAAAGAUGUGACCGAUUUCUGUGGUCUCAACAAGCAUUAAAUCACCCUGGAUUGUAAAGACAAUAAAAAGCACCGUUUUUCUUACAUUGCAUCAUUUUAAAGAAAAACCUUCCUGUAUAGAAAAGGUGCAGUAAUUAACAUAGUAAAGCUUUGGUUUUUUUUAAGAUAUCUGUUCAAUAUUAUAUUCCCAAUUAUUUAUGAUAACUGUUGUGUUGCAUGACAUUAUCACCAAAAAGAUGGAAAAUCAUUUAAUGCAAACUAUUUUUUCAAAUAAUGGGACAGCCAUGAAGAUGAAAUUCUUUAUUCUUCUUAUUAUAUUAUUAUAUAUGUACUAAGUGUUACAUUUGAUUAUACUAAAAAGAAUGAAAUAUUUAACAACUUUUCUGUCAAAAUUUUGGGAUUUUUUAAUAAAACAGCUUGCAAAUUAAUAUAAUUACUAAUACAUUAUCAUUAAAAAUCAAGAUGUACUUUCUGAAUUAAACUGAAAUCUUUGGCAUGGUGCAUUGUUCAGUUAAGCAUUGUAUGAUUGUAUCUAACAUUCCACAUAUGUAAAAAUAUUGUGGAACUUUACUAGUUAUAUUAAAAAAUGAAAGAAUAGAAUUAAGCAGCAAUACUAAUAUUGCUGCUAAUAAUACUAAUAUAUAAUUCCAAAUAGACAUUCAUGUCACUUACAUGUAUUUAAAACUUGCCAAUUUCAGCAUUUAGUGAGUUGGUACAAUUCACUAUGGAACAGAGUGAGGAAAAAAAUACCGAUAUUUUUCUAAAAACAUGCGUGAAAGAGGUAGAAAGGGGGACUAUCUUACUUUGAUUUUCAAGAAAUUGAAGACAUUGCUGGUAGAUAAAUGAAACUUUCUUACCUUGCAUCUGAUUGUGUUUUUCAUGUAUGCACUUACAAUGGUUUGAAUAAGCGUCUAAAUUAUGCUUAUGUACGAUCCAUGGCAUGGACCAUGUUCUACUGUACUAAUUUUUGUUGGUCUUGGUAGCUGGGGAAUGGAAAGAGUAGUCAUAAAUUUAUUAUGAUUAGUCUUGCAUUUUGUUAAAUCGAAUUAGAAUUGCAUCAUCUGUAUUGUCUAUAACAUUUCAAGGACAUACCAUAUUUUUCAGAGUAUAAGACGCUCUAAAGUAUGAGACACACAUAGCUUUGGGGAGGAAAACAAGAAAAAAAAUCUGCCUCUGCCUCCCAGCAAUUUGCCUCCUUGCAGCAAACAACAGCCUGUUUCAGUUUCAACGCAGCCUGAUUAGCACAAGCAGCUGAUUGCCAGUAGGAUCUGCAGGGAUUUCCAUAGCCUAUUGCCACCUCUACGUGCCCCAUUUUUGGCCUCUGCAUCCGGUUUUUAGCCACAUGCCACACUUUUGGCCUCCAUGUGCCCCAUUUUCUGCCUGCUUCAGGAAGUGGAAUUUGG